AUGUUAAAAUCUCAACUUGAAACGAAAGCUGAUAUAAAGAAGGAAACGACUGAAUCAAAAAAUAUAGAAGUUUUUGAGGAGACAAGUGGGAUAGUCACAACUGCUAAUGUGGAAUUUAGUUCCGACAGAACUACUGAAAAGUCACGAUACAGUCGUAGGAGGCACUCUUAUCAUGUGUUUGGCAAUUCGUUAAAAUCAGGCAAAUUUUGGUUACGCCUUUUUCGGCCAUGGAAGUGGCGAAAACGACAUCAGAGAGAACGACUACGACGAGUUACAAGUGAUCAUAGGCAAGAAAAUUCACCACCCGCUAUCAUACGUUCAUCUUUCAGCACUUUGGAAUCACUCUUCUCUGUUCCAGAUGUUGAUGAGACAUACAGGCCAACACAGUGGAACUGUUUAAAUUCGUCGACCCAAGCGCCCGUUCGAAUAAACUUGGAUUCAUUAAAGGGAGGAAGCUCUGGUGGAAAUAUUCUCCGCUUGACUACUGAAGAAGUAGUAGUAUCACCGGUUCAAAAAGUUGUAAUUGUUGAGCACAGAGAUGCACUUAAUGCGGGUAAUUUAGCAAGUGUCAAGGAUGUGGAAAUAGAUGCUGGUUAUCUUACGGCGGGAAAUUUGGAAGAUUUUGAGGCUGCUUCCAUUGCUCAAACCGAAAAGCUUAAUCAAGAGAGGGAGAGCAUAAAUGGUGGUCAGCUUACCGAUCAGGAAUGCAUAACUUUCCAGUUGGAUCCCAGAGAAAUGAAAACUGCGGUUGUUGAAGAAGUCGUUGCAAAAGAGCCUGAUCUGUCAGCACGACCAAAUAAGCCAGUGCUAAAGAAGCCUGGUGCACCUAGUAGAUUCAGACUUGUGAAACGAACACCGAGUCGAAAAAUGCGCCUGAGCGAAAGGAUUUCGGGAGCAGUAGAUACUGAUCGUCCUGAUCAACUAUUAAGCUGUAAUGGACCGAGGUUGCCAUCCAGACUGACUGAUGAUAGCGAUAGUGAUACAGACAUCCAGUAUCGCGAUGAUAAAUUAAGCAAAUGUGGUAUUGGUUAUAGUACGAAUCCAGCCAUUGCAAGUCGUAUCGUACCGUAUCAUUUAUCUAGUGAAGAUGAUGAAGAUGUUCCAUUGACAAGUUUUGCAUUACGGGUAACCAGAAAGGACACAUUUGCGAAAAUGUUGAAUGUGCCUGAUCCUGUCGAUGACAUUCCGAAUCAAACAUCCGAUGAAAGACGGCGACUGAUGCACAAAGCAAGUAUUAAGUUGGAAAGGAAGUUGAGUGAACGACCUUCUGUUGAAGAAAUGGAGCAGCGUAAUAUUUUGAGAGCCAAAGAUGCUUCGAUUUCUUCCAAAAUAGCCAUGGACGAAACACGUAGAGUCCUCUUGCGUAAGCUCAGUUUCCGUCCAACAGUACAAGAGCUAAAGGAUAAGCAGAUAAUCAAAUUUAAUGAUUAUGUGGAAGUAACAGAAGCGGAAGCAUAUGAUCGAAAAGCAGAUAAACCUUGGACAAGAUUGACACCAGUUGAUAAGGCACUGAUCAGGAAGGAACUUAAUGAUUUCAAGGCAACAGAAAUGGAUGUGCAUGAAGAAAGCCGUAUAUUUACACGGUUUCAUCGCCCAUGA